AAGUCUUACUUAUCGGAUGCAAUAUUCAGCAUUUUUUUCCCUGAUCAGCAGAAUCAACAUUUAUUUUUUCUGAUUGCUGAUUAAAUACAUUAAUUAAGAAAUGCAAUACUUUGGUUCUGAUGCAGCAUGCACCCUGCAAAAUAACUAGUAACUUAAGUUAUCAACUUUAGUCGCCCCAGUCACUACAGUCAUUUUAUUUUGAAGGGGCCUCGAGUACCUGCAUGAUGACAACACACUAGAUCUCAGACAGUAGACAGGUGUUGCCUUAUUUUCAGAUUGAUCACACGCAUGCAUAUUAUGAUGUAAAUGUGGUUUGCAUGUAUUUGUAUAAAAGUGAAUUCAAAUGCACGUAUCAGGAAGGGUGAGGAGCACCUGAGGUCAGCAGCUUGAGCUGUUUUGUAAGCUGAAGUCUGGACAUCAUCGACACAUGUUUUGGGAUUAAUGGAGUGGAGUUGGAAAUUCCUCUUUAUUUGGGGGUCCAUCUUUCUCAGGUUGGGGAUCACUCACCAAGCAGCUAACGUGGCUCUGGGUGGAGUUACAGAUCAGUCUUCAGUGUGGGACCCCACGCUUCUAUCAAACCUGGUGAUAGACGGCAACCCUAAUUCAAACUAUAACUAUAGGAGCUGCUUCUCCACUCUUUUUGAGGUGAACCCCUGGUGGAGAUUGGACCUGCAGGUUCAGUACAACAUCUCAUCAAUUGAAGUCAUCCGGAGAUCAGACUGCUGCGCUCUAGAGCUAAACGGAGCUGAAAUCCGCAUCGGUAACUCGCUGGAGAACAAUGGCAACAACAAUCCCAGAUGUGCCGUCAUCACCGUCAUCAAUGACGUUUUAAUGGGCUUCAGCUGCGGCCAGAUGACAGGACGUUAUGUCAACAUUGUCAUCCCUGGAGCAGGGCAGAGACUUCAACUCUGUGAGGUCAGAGUGUAUGCCAGUACCGACAUUACAGGAGCUAACGUGGCUCGUGGUGCAGUGGCUAGGCAGUCCUCAUUCUGGGAACCCACGUAUCCAUCAAGCGCAGUGAUUGAUGGCAAACCUUAUUCAAACUAUUUCCAUGGGAGCUGCGUUUCAACUCUGUGGGAGAUGAACCCCUGGUGGAGAGUGAACUUGCGGGGUCUGUACGACAUCUCAACAAUCCAAGUCGUCAGAAGAUCAGAUAUGAACUUUUAUGAUCUAACCGGAGCUGAAAUCCGCAUCGGUGACUCGCUGGAGAACAAUGGCAACAACAAUCCAAGAUGUGCAGUCAUCACUGUGACCGAUGACAUAACAAUGUCCUUCAGCUGUAAGAUGACAGGACGUUAUGUCAACAUUUACCACCCUGGAGUUAAACGGAUUCUUCAGAUUUGUGAGGUCAGAGUGUAUGCCACUACCCGCAUUACAGGAGUUAACGUUGCACCGAGAGGAGAAGCUACGCAGUCUGCAGAAGCAGCUUCUAGUACAACUGCUCCAGAUAUGGCCAUUGAUCAAAACUCAGAAGAAACCUGUGCCUCAGUCCCCCUGCAAGACAACCCCUGGUGGCGGCUGGACCUGAGGAAUAUCUACCGCAUAACCGCUGUGUCUGUUGUCAGUGACUGCUGCUCAAAAGAGCUGAACGAUGCUGAGGUCCAAAUAGGCUUCAAGAAUGACCUCAGCAACCAGAGGUGUGCAGUCAUCUCUCUCUCAGCAGGACAGCGUAUAUACAACUACCAGUGUGGAGUAAUGGAUGGCCGCUUUGUCCAUGUUGUUCUCCCUGGACUAAAGAAGAAUUUGACUCUUUGUGAAGUACAUGUGUUUGGUACCGUCCUUGAAAAUGUGGCUGUGAGAGGAGUGGCUUUUCAGUCUUCUUCAACAUGGAAAAAUUCAGUUAGCCAAGUCAUUGAUGGUUCGUAUUCCACCUGCAGCAGAACUGAAAACAUACCCGGUCAAUGGGUGACACUGGAUCUACUUGCUCCCUACGCUGUGACUUUGGUCCAGCUUGCCUACCCUCAGGACAGCUACUAUAGUGAUGACGUCCGAGUGGAAAACACAAGCUGUCAGGUGAUUUCCAAGACUUCGCAAUAUCUGAUGACCUUGGACUGUGGUGGGGUUGUGGGUCGCUAUGUCACUGUAAUGCAUCCUGAUGUACCACCGCUUCUGUGUGAGGUCGAGGUUUACAGCACUUGGGUGUUUCCUCAAAACAUAGUCCCUCAGCGCCCCCCAUCCCAUGAUUACUGCCUCUCCAGGUGGUGUAGCCGCGACUACAUUCUCAUUCACAGUGAACCAAAAACAUGGUUUGAAGCACAGGCCUACUGCAGAAGCAGGUACACUGACCUGGCCACCAUCAACAAUCCUCAGGACAUGAACAGGGUCAUUGACAAAAUGGGGAACUUCAAUGAUUUUUGGAUUGGGCUGUAUGAGGAUGCUGUAACCUGGAGCUGGUCUCUGCCAGAUGAGGGUCACUAUGGAGAUGGUGAGGCUGAGUUCAGGAACUGGGGUGUUGACGGACCCAACGAAACGAAGGGCAUCCAGCACUGUGUUGGCAUUCAACAUACGGGUGAAUGGAACCACCUGGACUGUGACUCACUUCACUACUUCCUAUGCUUUGAUGGGAGAGAUGGUGCACCAGAAACAAAGAUUCUGGUGGAAACACAGAUGAAGUGGACCGACGCUCAGCACUACUGCAGGGAGCACCACACAGACCUGCUCAGCGUGAGGAACCCGACCGAGAACCAGGAAGUCCAGAGCAUGGUGCCGGCGGGAAAGCUGGCCUGGAUCGGCCUGUUGGGAGACUCCUGGAGGUGGUCCGAUGGGGGUCACUCCUUGUAUAGAUACCAGUGGCAGGGGCUGGUGGACAACUUAGGAGUAGGUCCGAACUGUGUCUAUAUUUACAACAGGAAAUGGAGCGUGAGAUCCUGUGACACCAAAUCUAUGUUUCUCUGCUACUACUUUAGGAAGAGAUCUGUGGUGAGGAUCAGCGCUGAACACAACAUGAGUGACCCGGUCAUCCAGCAGCAGAUCCUGAGCCAGCUGGAGGCAGAGAUGAAAAACAAGGGCAUCACUGAUUUCAAGAUCAGCUGGAGGGCACCUUUCGCACUAGGAAACAACAGCACGGUGUGAGGUCAAACACGACUCCUGCUGCUCUGACUGGACUGCAGCUGACAAAUGUGGACUAGUCUUUUGAGGGACUGAACAGGGUAAACAGAGUGAAAUGAAAA